CAGGACGAUUGGAGGAUUUAGCAGAGGAGACUCGGUUGGAGCCAAUCCUUGGCAGUACAUGCAGCCCUUCCCUGCACCUUCCAGGAACCUGCGUCGCAGAGGUAGUUGAACUUCGCAGUGGUACUAGAUUAUAACUGGAAACUGAACAUUAUUAGAGCACCACCUCCGUUCCAAUCUGUGAGACUGUGACAAUCUUGCUAGCCAUGGAUCACUUGCCACUGACCGCCAAGCUGGCCGGGGCAUCGAUGGAAGGCGGCGCCGGUGGCAGGGUGGUGGACACGUACAAGAAGACACUGGCCACGGCGGCGUCGGUGGCCGCGUACGCCAUGCUGGCGCGCGGCAUGGCGCGGGAGCUCCUCCCCGAGGAGCUGCGCGCCGCGGUGCGCUGGGUGGCCGCGUCCGUGCGCGCCCGCCUCGGCGCCGGCGGCAAGGACCGGCACACCAUCGUCAUCCGCCGGCACUUCGACGGCGGGUACAGCGAGAACCAGCUCUUCGAGGCGGCGCGCACGUACCUGGCCACCAAGAUCGACCCGCGCGCCAUGCGGCGCCUCUGCCUGGCCCGGUCCCGGCACAAGGAGCCCGACGGGAGCAGCAGCUGGAGCACGCUCCUGUGCAUGGAGGACGGGGGAUCCACCACGGAUUCUUUCGAAGGCGUCGAGUUCAAGUGGACGUCCGUUGAGACCAGUGGCGACGAUGGCGGCGGCAAGAAAGGGAAGAGCCAUGGCAGCAGCCAUCGUGCCCCGCGGGAGACCCUGGAGCUCAGCUUCGACGCGCAGCACACGGACGCGGCGCUGGAGCGGUACGUGCCGUUCAUCAUGUCCGCGGCGGAGCAGCUGCAGCGGCGGGACCGCGCGCUCAAGAUCUUCAUGAACGAGGGCCGGGCGUGGCACGGGAUCAACCACCACCACCCGGCCACGUUCGACACGCUCGCCAUGGACCCGGCGCUCAAGACGGCCGUCGUCGACGACCUCGACCGGUUCCUGAAGCGGAAGGAGUACUACCAGCGGAUCGGCAAGGCGUGGAAGCGCGGGUACCUGCUCUACGGCCCGCCCGGCACCGGCAAGUCCAGCCUCGUCGCCGCCAUGGCCAACUACCUCCGCUUCAACCUCUACGACCUCGACCUCUCCGAGGUGCGCCUCAACUCGACGCUCCAGAGGCUGCUUAUCGGCAUGCCCAACAAAUCCAUCCUCGUCAUCGAGGACAUCGACUGCUGCUUCGAUGCCAAGUCGAGGGAAGACUCCAAGAUGCCGAUGCCGGCCGAUGCCGGCAACUCAUCAGACGACGACGGCCCGCCGAGCAAAGCCUGCCAGGCGCCGCAACAGCAGCAGAAUUUGACGCUGUCCGGGCUGCUCAACUUCAUCGACGGGCUGUGGUCGACCAGCGGCGAGGAGCGGAUCAUCGUGUUCACCACCAACUACAAGGACCGUCUCGACCCGGCGCUGCUGCGGCCGGGGCGCAUGGACAUGCACGUCUACAUGGGCCACUGCGGAUGGGAGGCGUUCAGGACGCUGGCCCGGAACUACCACCUCGUCGACGACCAUGCUCUGUUCCCGGAGAUACAGGGACUGCUUGCAGCGGUGGAGGUGACGCCGGCCGAGGCGUCCGAGAUGCUGCUGCGGAGCGAGGACGCCGACAUUGCUCUUCGGGUGCUUACGGAUUUCCUCCAGGACAAGAGACGCAGGACAAGGAAAGAAGCAUCAGAAAUCAACAUCGACACGGCAGAGAAGGCUAUGUGGGUAUCGCCAUCGCCUUUGAUUGGACCAUGUUUGUCUGAGGAGACAAAGUACUGAUCGACUAGGUGAUGACCACAAAACACGGCGAUUAUGUUGGGGAAUUAGUCUCAUCAAUAAACCAGGCAUUCUCAUUUCCUGUCAAGUUUUCUUCCUUUUUUGACAGCCCCGUUACGUCCUCGUGUUCGCUCCUUAUGACAUGUUCGGUGUUCUCAUUUCUGUGUUCCUGAUUUGAAGUACAAGGAUGAAGACCGGAGAGAGGACUUUUGAACACUUUCACCUCUUGUAGGAAGUGUAUAUCAUUUUCCUUCCUCAAAGGAACUUCAAAAUUUCCUACAAGAGGAGCAUUAUAUUUCUGAACUA